AUGGCUAACCCCGAGGCCCCCAAGCCCCAGGCCCCAAUGGAGGCGCGCCCCACCUCGUCGAGCGGCCCAGACGGCACGACGGGCCCGAUCACACAAGCCCCCAAAGCCGAGCCCCGCCCGGUCGCGCAGAAGCAGGAGCCCGAGCUGCGCGGAGGAGGCAUGACCAUCGGCUUCAACUGCUGCCGCGGCCACUGCAACUGCCACGAGACAUGCUGCUGA